AUGCUCCGUAUACAACAUGCUAGAAAUGGUGAUGAAAAGGUAAUUGGACCUUACAGAGGAGAUGGUUAUUAUGAAACAGGAGACCAGAAAGUCGUUUUAGAGUUUCACGGUGAUUUCUGGCAUGGUAAUCCAAAACUAUAUUCAAGUUCAACGGUAAACCCUGUCAAUAAACUAACCGUGGAGUUAUAUCAAAACACUUUAACAAAACAGAAAUACAUAGAAGAGAUUGGUUACACAUAUGUAUCUAUUUGGGAGUCUGAGUUUGAAAAAGAAUUAAAAGAAAACAAUGAAAUGAGGACUUUUAUAGAACAGCUGGAUAUGGUAACUCCUUUACAACCUAGAGAAGCUUUUUCUGGUGGUCGAACAGAGGCAUUUACACUUUACAAAGAAGCAACUGAUGAUGAAACUAUCGACUAUUAUGAUGUGACAUCCCUUUACCCAUUUAUCAAUAAGACAGGAAAAAUUCCAUUGGGUCACCCAAAAAUAAUUACAGAAAAUUUCGCAGAGAUUGAUAAAUAUGAGGGGUUAAUCAAGUUUAAAGUUAUCCCACCGCGAGAGUUAUUUAUACCUGUCCUGCCUUGUAAAAUGAAUGGAAAAUUGUUAUUCUCUUUGUGCAAAAUAUGUGCCGAAUCGUAUCAACAAACUAAAUGUUUGCAUACGAACGAAGAAAGCGCUUUUAUAGGCACUUGGGUAACAGACGAAGUUAAAAAAGCCAUGGAUAAGGGAUACACGUUGUAUUGCGUUUAUGAAGUCUGGCAUUUCGAAAACGUCUCUCAAUAUGACCCUGUUGUUAAAGAAGGGGGUCUCUUCACUGAAUAUGUAAACCAAUUUCUUAAAAUCAAACAGGAAAAAAGUGGUUGGCCAAAAUGGUGUAAGGCGGAAGAGCAAAAACAAAUUUAUAUUGAGCAUUAUUAUGAAAAAAGGGGUCCAGCUUGA